GUAACUCAAGGUUUUGUCUGCGCAGCUCUGGUGCAAGCAACGCGGGGAGAGUACGUUACCGAGGCCGGGUGCUUGAGCUGGGCAUGUCAGAAACUGGAACCGGUGGUAAAGAAACUCAAACAGUCCUCUCGAGGAGAAGCUUGGUGUAAUGGGGUGGUGCAGAAGCCUGCGGAGCAUUCAGGUCAGAGGGUUCGGUUUCCGCAACCUCACCCCGAUGCUCUCGUGCACAUCGAUGUCCUCGAAUCUCUCAUUGCAAGUCCGUAUAAUAUGGGCCAGAUUCAGCAACACUGAAAGCAUUCCAAGGUUCGCAGCAGGACAGGUCCCUCCAACCGGAACUGCUGGGGAGGAUCUUAUUUAUGGAAGAGGAAGUACCCAACCGGAUGCUGUCUGAAGUUCUCUUCGACCGUAGCCUGAGAGUAAGGUAGUCUAUCAAGCCUAUCCUCUCGCUGGAUGCUCCGAAGUUCAUCUACAACCAUAUUUUUCAAGUUUUCAAGUCGCUAGACUCUGCUCGCAACUGACGAUGAUAUUCGAGCUCAGGGUCUCGCAUUCCUGAGGACUCGAUGUUUUGGCUAGUGACAUCCACUCGUAUGUCAGCUUCGGUAGCUUUUCCAAUCUUCCAGUAGUGUCUCUGCCGGUGGUCUUGUUGCCAUAGUCAUUCUCGCACAAAUGUAAGUGAGAGAUGUUUUGACUUCUUGCUCAACCCAAUCCCUUCUAUCCAUCCCGGUAUAAUCCACUGAAUGGAAUGUAAAAUUGUUGCGCUCGUACUCGCCAUCUAAAUCGAUGCAUUACAGUUUAAAUUUGUCAUCUCAUCCCAAGUACUGGAAGAUUUUUACACGAUUCCACACUUGCACUACCAUCCGCGUCAUACACGAGGGGGUAAGUUAGGCGGUGUUAUA